UGAAAUCCUAAGAAAUCAAGCGCCAAAAGUGGUGAAGCUAACACCAAGAAACAAGAUUUGACGAUGCAACCUAUUUAUGAAUAUAUCCGAUACAUUAUCGAAAUGGCUGCGACUCCUGAUCCCACUCCUCUAUUAUUUACAUGUCGUGCUAUUCAUAUCGUCAACGCUGUUACUAUCAUAUUUAUCACCAUCUGUCAACCGUCUGUCACCACAUAUAAUCAUGGGAACUACGAUUACUGACUCAAGCC